CUGUCAGGUGAAUGUCAUCAGCUAGAGUUUAACCACAUUUUUGACGGAAAACGCCUUAAAAAUCACGUUAUUCGUACUGUUGACGUCACUGGUGAAAGAUCCUGCCGGACUUUGUGCUACAUGGAACCAAACUGCGUCAGUUACAACUUUAACAAAGUCACAAGGAAAUGUGAGCUGAAUAAUUCCACUUUAAAAGAAGUGGAGGAAAAUAUGCAGGAGUCAAAUCCAAAUUAUAUACCCUCUGGAGCUAAGGUAGAUCAGGAUUUAUCCCAGUAUAGAAAAGCUAAAAUUCAUUUUCAAUUCAUGUUUGUUAAAGGGAUCCUUUAACUUUAAGUUAGUCAAGGAAGUACAACGGAUUUUUGUUUUCGUUUUCGUUUCCCAGAAUGCCUGUGCGAAAAAACCUUGCAAGAACAAAACAACCUGUCAAACCGGUUUUACCGGUAAAGGAUAUCGCUGUUUGUGACCUGUUGGAUUUGAAGGGGAGGACUGUGAGAACGGUAAGUUAAAGCAAAUAAGGGGCAGUUUCACCAGAAUUUUUCCAAGUUUUCUUACAAAAUAAGAUAGAAUUUCCUGAAAUACCAAAUUAUCUUCUAAUUCCGGCUCAUGGAUUUUUGACUUUCUAAUAAUGUUAGAUCUAUUUAGAUUUUGGUGGAAUAACCUUUAAUCUUGGACAAAACUCUUGAUAAAAUUGCAUAUUUGGAGAGCAUUUUUCUAAACAUUGUAGCCGUAGCGAUUUUUCCCUCCCCCUCCCCCUAUAGAAGCAGUGUUGGCUUGUGUCUUGAAAAAAAAGCCUGAUCCCUUGCGGUUUGAAGGAAGCUGAUUAGAACUGGGGGACAGGUUUUCUCUACGCAAAGCUGUUGAUUUGGAAAUAGUUUUGUUGCUUUAGGUGGGCAUUAACGAAAAAAAAAAUCUCAGGUAACUUUAUCAAGGAUCAUCGAUACUCAAUACACUAAUGGUCACGGUUAAGUGCAACCCGUGGGGAUCCAAGAAAUUGGGUUCAGUCUGGUCUCAGCUAAAUUGUUGUUUCAAUUUUGUUCUUGCAUGCCCGUGUUUUCCGCAACUACUUCUAGUAAUUCCAGUUUCUUCGGGGUGCUUCAUUUAAACUUUCCAGCGAUUUAACAGCCGUGUUUUUCGUUGGCUAUGAUAGCCAUGCAUGCCUUUGCCGGCUCUUGGUUGACUUUGCAAUGGCUGAGCAAUUGGUCGAGUGGUUUGGGACGUUGAAAUUCAACUCAGUCUCCCUGGGUUCCAAAUCCCUUUUUGCCUACUUACUAGAGCUGUUCUCGGUAGCCCUACGUUCUGCUCCUCGGUCUCACUUGUACUGUAACAUAACCAACUGGUUUGCCCUAGACCUUUCCCGCAUUCGCCAAAGAACUUAGGUCGAGACUCGACGUGAGUGAAGAUCUCUUGUAAUAAAUGUAUGUUCCGUGUAAACUGCUUAGUCAAUAGAGAAGAGAAGUUGUGAAAUUAUGGGAUUUGUUAGUAUAUUUAGAAAGAAUGAGGUGAAAAAAGCCCCCUGUGCGAAAAAUCAGCCAAUUAUUGGUGCAAAUUAGUGUAGAGAUAUAAGCAUCGGUUUGCUCUGAUUUCUCCAUACAGAUCCUUGUGAAAUUGGCUUGGAUUGUAACGUUUACGAUCCAGGGUCGGGUUGCAAAAAACAUCUCAAGAUUAAGGAACUCGUAACUAUUAUUUGAAAAAAACAGGUUAUUGUUCCAGAACAAAAGUUAAGAGCUCUCUUAUCUUAAGAAGGUUUUAUGCAAAUUUGCACCAAAAACUAGAUUUGUGAAAUUAUGCGAUAGGUUGACAUAUGCAGAAAGAAUGAGAUCAAAAUGCUCACUAGCCAAAUAUCAGCCUUUAGUUCGUUCUACCUUUUGGUUUUCUCGAAUUUCUUUUGACCAAUAUUACUGUUGUUGACUAUAAUGUGCUGUUUUAGGCAUUGACGAAUGCGCACAAAAUGCACAGAAGUGCGGUCCUAACGCCUACUGCAAUAACACCAAGGGAGGAUUCAGCUGCACUUGUCAUCCGGGGUAUUAUGGAGAUGGCAAGAAUUGUGAACCAGGUGAUUUAUUAGGCUAAUCUCGUGUUAACCUGAGAUCAGGCCCAAUUUUAGCGGUUCUCGUACAUUCUCUCUAACGGCUACCUCUAAAAUUGGGCCUGAUACAAGUUUGUGCUCACUGCGGCCAGAUUUUCUCCGCAACGCUGAUUGGCUGUUAGAACAAUGCCACAAGAUCUGAUUGGCUGUUGGAGUCAACGGAAGUUGAAAGCGCUUAUUCCUCUCGUGGUUUUUUCCGCGAAUGAUCAGCCGUCGGCGGAGAGAUUAGGAUCGAUUUUGUUGUCUUUUUUUUAAUUGUUUUAUGGUCUUAUAGUAGGAAAAUAUGCCUUAGUAAAUAUAUGCGCCAUGGAAAUUUAGAAAAUUCAGAUGGUUGUUCAUAUCUUCUCAGGAUUUGCUUUAUUUACGGAACUAAUGUGAGUGUAUCGCAGAGUUGAAUCUCUCUGCAAGUUGUUGACCGCGAACAAUCUGUAGAAUGUGCCUUUUGAGUUACCAACCAACAAGUACAAAUCAAAAUACUGUCCAUCUUAAAACUGUUUUCAUUUGGAAGUUUAGCCGGGAAUGACUUCUCUGAACGGGGUACGCAAGCGGAGGCUCUCUGCGAAAGAAACCUCAAUCGCCAACUGUGAAGUAUCGUAAGAAAAAUAUGGCAUCGCUGUUCAAGGAAUUUUUUGUAGGCAUUAUUAUAAGCUAGUGGCGCUGGUCUCAAGGUAACAGACUCAGUUGUUUGCCUUCGCUUUUUGUAAAAAAUAAACCAGGAAAACCGGUGUCCUCCCUCGUUGGCUGUUUGUUAAUUUCGAGUCAUGAAUUUAGCGAGCUUUUCAGACCUGCAGCAAAACAACAACACAACUGAAGAGAACUACAAAGUGUGUUUGUAAUAUUGUUUUUCGUUUUGUUUAUAGGUCAGUUAAGCAUGCAUUAUUAGUAGUGUCGUUUCGUCUUUCCAAAUUGGCAGACAAUAUUUACCUGGAUUUAUAAAAAAAUAUAUUUUUUAGAUGUUUUUUUCUCUAGCAAAUUCGCAAAUUGCAAGGGUACUCACGGGACUAAAUCAGCUAAAUUAAAUGCACUUAGAACUCGUUUGGUUUGUUCUGAGAUAAUUUAUAUAUCCUUUGAAAAAGUUCGCGAUUUAUUUCUCCACGAUUUUUAAAGAUUAAAGUACUGAAAAUCGGGCAAAAUUGCCGAGGAAAAUAUAAAGGCAACAGAAACAUAGAAUUUCAGUAUUUUAAAUUCGAGUGCGCCUAGCCAAAAUAUUAAAACUAGAACAUCGCGUCGCCGUCUUUUCAAAAACUUUUAAAAUUACCUUCUACGCCAACAGAAAUAGCCUUCGGGAUCUCUUUUAAUCUCGUGAGAAGCUAAAUGUGAUUGUGCUGACUGUUUUAUUUUUAGUUUAAAAAAUUAAAAGGUAAAAGCUAUUUUUUAAGUCAGCGAGUCUGCAGUUUUCCCACGUAUGAAAAAUUUGCAUACUAAAAAAACAAGUAGCGGAAGUAAUUUUGGUUGGCUGAUUCAGCAAAUGUCAAUCAAUCAAAAAAGUGGGCGGCAGACGUUUGGUAGAACUCUCUUUUCGUAUUGCCUUGCCCGCCGGAAUAUUAUUUACAAAGAGAAACGAAUAUAGAGCCUGAUCUCAGGUCAAUCACAUGUUAUCAUGUCGACUUAAAAAGACGCUUGAUCAGGGGCGUGGCUACACCUGUACUCUGGGUACGCAAGUGCUUAAUCAUCAAAUCAACAAAAUAAAGAAAAAAGAUGAUUAUGACGAAAACAAAGAACGAUAAUUCUUCGUAAUGACAGCAACGUGAACGACUUCGUAAAUGCUGAAAACCAUGCCGGAAAGAGACCUUGAUGCUCACACGGUAAUAGACCUUAUAAAUGACGUAAAAACACUUUGUACUUGAGUUUUGAACAUUCUGUCGUCAUUUCUAUAUAGCGUAUAAGAGUUUAGACUAAAUAUAGAUCUAUCAUACCUCACUUCUUUUCUUUUGUUACAGCUUCAUCAUGCAAAAACCUCUUUGAAAAGAAAAUGUGAGUAAAAAGCAGUACGUUUUGAAGCUUUAGACCCUUGAAAUCACGACGUUUGGUGGAGCUAAUAUACGGCACGCGUAGCACGCGAUGUCAUCAAUAUUCACAUUAAUGAAUAAUCAAUGUGUUUGCAUUGCAAUGGGUAGUGUUUACCAACAGAUAAGCAUUCAACAUUCAUCUUUAUUUGCAUAAUUAAUCGUAGUGUAUAUGAUGCUGAAGUGCUUUAUAGUUAUCUGUUGGGGCUCAGAAGGGCCGUCGCAAAAUUCAAGUAUUCUCCAAUGAAGACGUUCUGUGGCUCGUCACGCAAUAAAAGGAUCUAAUAGGAUUGUUUGACAAGUCAGAAUGACAUCUGUGUAGCUAGGAAGCUGGUCUCCAGGGCCGGGUUGUUCGAAGUGUGUUAAAAUAACCCGGGGCUAGUGCGAAAUUUGAACUCAAAUAUGAGAGCUUGAAAAGCAAUUUCAGUUUAAUUGUCUUUGCCUAUAAUUUGAUGAAUGGAUACUCUAAAUGAAGAAUAGAGAAAAUUAUCCGAGAGAGUGUUUUUGAGAACAGAGAAAAAGAAACCUGUCUUAAAAUUUAACCCCGGGUUAGCGCUAACCGGCGUUCGAACAACUGGACAUUGAAGGUAGCCCAGUAAUCAAAGUACCAAUCGAUCACCAGUUGAAUAGGUGACUUCCGGGUUCCAAAAACACUCACUUUCAAAAUGAGGCCAAGUGCACAACCUUCCUGGUGAAAAUGAGUUUUAUUUGCAUGAGACUGAAAGAUGAUUUUUAUAUCAAAGGCUGAGCACUUAACCUGGUUUUGAAACAGAGGCCCGGGGGAACUCGGAAAUGGCCUAUUGUAAUUACUCCUCGUAUAGAGUCUCCCCUAUUCAGGUAUAAUUUUGUUCCUUGCAGAUCAAAUGAGAGCAAAGCUUACCCAUUGACUCUGGGAGAUGACAUUUUCGACAUUAAUUGUGUCAUGGCCGAGGCUCUUACUGAAAAAAACAAGUGCGGAGUUGGUGGAUGGACGCUGGUUAUGAAGAUUGAUGGAAAAAAUGUAUACGUACUUCCAAUAUUGCCCAUUUUAUUAAUGGUUAUUGAACUGAGUGGAGUGCGAUUUGGUCUGAAAUCAUACCCGUCAGGGGCGUAGCCAGCUUUUCGACUAGCAGUAGGCCUGGCUGACUGUCACUUCCACAUAUCCUGAAAAUUGCACGCAUGACCAGUCCGCACUGACCUCACCAACACUUUGAGCUUAAAGCUUUUUUGCUCACCCCAACAAGGCAUAAUUUAUUACAAACGGUAGAGUGAUCAAACUAAAAAUUUGUAGGCCUGGGCCUACAGGUCUAUGGGCUGGCUACGCCAGUGCCCGUAAUUUCAAAAUCGAAGGAGCGAGCAGCACGAGUUCCAUUUGAAAUCACAAGACAUUUAGUAUGAUUUCGGACCUAAAUUGCAGGAUACGAAGUUCAAUUGCGACUUAACUACAGCCAUUUUGAAAUCGCAGAAUUCAGUCAGUUCCAAUAGUUCACUGAUCAAGUAGCCGGUUUGUUGAAAAGAAGAAACAAGAAGGCUUUUACAUCUCAUUUUGCAUUCGAAACAGAAAUGAUGUGAUACAGAGCGAAAAAGGUGCGAUUUAAAACAGAAAAGAAGCGAUUUAGAACAUGAAUUACGCGUUUAGAACACUGAUGUGAUUUAGAGCAAAAAAUAGUGUUUCGUGAAUAAAUCACACUGCUGAGAGCCUAUCAGAUUGCAGGGAUCACCAGUGAUUUCAAAAUGGGUAUAAUAAAUCAUCAAGUUUAUUAUGAUAAUUGAAAUAAGACCGUUUUUUUUUAUAGCAGAGUGAACAUCUAAAUUGUUAUCUCAGUGAAGAACUUGAGUAUUUCAUUUAGACCAGCGUCAUACGCUGUGUGACGUUAGGCUUUUAGGGUUUUCUUUGUCUUUAACUCACGAAAUGCGCGGCGAUCUGCUGGAUAAAUAGAGGGAUAAUCGACGGGAUAGCUCGAAUAACUAAAGGACGGAAUGGGACUUAAGCUCGGUAGAACACUGACCUCGCUGGGCUGAGUGGUCAACGUCACGAACAAUGCUAGAGGUACACUGGGUUGUUAGUUACUUGUCCGUAGAGCAAAGCAGAAAUCACUUCAACAAAACUGGAACUCUUGAAAUAUGUUUAACCUUCUCACGUAGUUAACUCAAUGACAGCUCAAGUAAUUCAACUUGGUUCACUUCUCUUGACCUAAGUUAAUUUUGCUCUUUUGGUGCGAGGCACUUCGAGGUAAUUCGUAGAGGUAAUUCACAGUGGUAACUCGCAGGUAAUUCGCACAGGUAAUUCGAAUUGUACAGUGUACAAGCUUGCUUAUAUGUGGUCUAGAUAUGUAUACUGUUCAAAUAUUAUGAGAACAAGCUCUUACAAAGGAUGGUAAAGUAGCUGAGAACACUUCAGUUGCUCUAGAUUAUUGUGCUGAAUAUGACUAAUACCCUUCUAGAUGGGUGUUUACACUAUAAGUUCAUAGGAGACAGACGUUCAAGAAACUAAUGUUUAAGCACCUUGCAUUUUUCCACCUAAGGUUAUGCAUCAGUCAAUUCCACCUGCGCCCAGCCCCCCCGGGCUACUGCGGGGCAUUUGCCCGCCUUGUCAGUCCCGGGGGCGGGGCAUUUGCAAAUUUUGCACUGCCCGGGGGCCGGGCAUUUGCCAACCCCCGGGCCAUUCCCGAGCUUUUGACACGCACGCGGUUUCCUAUCAGAAUAUAACUACAGAGAAGAUUUUACUGGAAAAAAUGCAGAUUGGCUUAUCCUUCAAGGACAGGAAUAAAUUGUAGAGGGUUGUAAAGGCAUGUUCUCGAUUUUAUAUGUAUGUAUGCAUUUCUUCAUUGCUUAUCAAGCCAGAAUUACGUAGCGAAAUUUGAGCUAUCGAUGUGAAUCAACGUUUUUUGGUUAUUGAAUCAAAUUUCUGUUGAUAUUAUUUGAAAUUUAUAAAACUAUUCAUAACAAAUUGAUAACUUUACAGCGCUCUAUUAAUUUUUACGUCAAUAAUUUUAUAUCAAUACUAAAACCAUAAACUGGUGCAUGUCGUCGCGGCGUGAAGUCUUAAUUAGAUCCUCCGCGCUAUUACAAAGGAAGACGUUAAUUGAAACCAAAAAAUCGCACAUUAAAAUGCUUAAAAUGGCAGUAUUUGACUGUGCGAUCAAUGAAAAAUGUUGCAGUGUUGACGGAGGGCAGGGCAUUUGCCAUCUUUUUUCGUGCCCACCCCGGGGGAUUUGACAGCUCAAUAGUCCCCACCCAGCCGGGGGGGAGGGGGGGCUGGUUGCAGGUGGAAUUGACUGAUGCAUCAAUCACGAGCGGAACUUCUUACUGCUAAUAAAUCCUGGUCUGAAAACAACUUGUAACAAGGCUGAAUAAACACACAUCUCUGCGGGGUUUUCUGCGAUCUUAAAGGUAAUUGUCUUAAAAUCAUAUUCGAAAUGCUAAAAUGAUAACUCUAAUAAAACUGAGUUCCGUUCUAAAGAUAACAAUGAAAGAUCGGCCGUGACAACGGUAUUUCUCGGUCAGUGGCACUGAGGAGGUAUCCGUCCAUCCUGUCGGUCGAUAAAAUGUACCCACGUCUCAGAAACCACACUGCUAUGGGUGUGAUGCUCUCCCCUUUAUCCGACUCCUCAUUGGCACUAUGCAAUUUCUUUUUCCUCUAACAGAAUAAAUUCCAUUAUGAUUCUACCCUUUGGUCGAACAAAGAGACCUUUAACCAAGCUUCCCACAUACUGGAACACAUCCUUCACCAAAAUCUGCCUCGGUAUGAGGGUUGACAACUAGAUCAAGUUUAUUGUAAUAAACAAGAACGCCAGUUCCCUGCAUUCAUUGAUUGCUAA